CCGCACAUACUCGCUGAAGAUAAGAUCACACGACGAGGAAGUGUUCGGGUGCGGAAACUGGCAAUGGCUUCAUCAUCUGCAGCGGCGACUUUCUCAGGGAUUCACAGUUUCGGUGGAAUCCCUAGAGAAACCCCAAAAUUAUCUGAUAAAAGAACGGUCAUGGCGGUUGUGGCUCAAAAGAAAGCUAAGAAGUCUCGAAAGAUAAUUUUAAAAGAGGAUGUGCCAGACCUGGGAAAUAAAGGACAGCUUCUUGAUGUGAAGCCUGGGUACUUCAGGAACUAUCUUCAUCCCAUGGGAAAGGCCCAAAUGGUCACAACACUUUUGCUCAAGGAGAUGCGGAUGGAAGAAGAAAGAAUUGAGGCUGAGAAAAAAGGGGUAAAAGAAGAGGCACAACAACUUGCUUUAAUGUUUCAAACUUUUGGAGUUUUCAAGGUGAAGCGCAAAGGUGGAAAAGGAAAACAAAUAUUUGGAACUGUAACUCCUCAAGAUCUUGUUGACAUUAUCAAGGCACAGCUUCAAAGGGAUGUGGACAAGCGUAUCGUUUUUCUUCCGGAGAUUCGAGAAACUGGAGAAUAUAUAGCAGAACUGAAACUUCAUCCAGAAGUUACUGCCCAAGUUAAAUUGUAUGUCUAUGCUAACUAAAGGACAGGCUACUUUUCGAGGCUCUGCUUUCUGAAUGGACAGUUUCUGUGAGAAACUUUCAUCCUUAUGAGGAGCAUGGGACGCGGUUGUCAAAUUCAUAGAGAUGCAGUUGGAACAUGACAAAUCUCUUCCUUGGCUGUGAUGAUUUUUUGUUGUUGUUUAUUCUCUCCGCUAUGAUCCUUUAGAAUUACUCCGGUCAUCCGUGUUUGCUGCUUUUGAAAAAAAUUAAUGAUUUUAACAUUGAAUUUAGUGUUACAGUCUCACUUUUUUUUUAAGAAGUGAUGUUAUAAUGUUAGAAACUUUUCAAUGGGACAAUUAAUUUAGUCCGGGUUAGGGUUUGAAC